UUGGUUUCAAACCCUCGCGGGGCUUGAUUUCUCGUUAUGGGUUAAUUCCCAUGGCUUCUUCCUUGGAUACAGUGGGAAUUCUAACUAAUUCGGUGGUUACUACCCAGAAAAUUUUUCCAAUGCUUGCUCAACCGGAUUCGGCGGACCUUUUGACUAUUGCGGCUAAACAAACUAGCGUUAAGUCAAUUUCUUUCCUAACAGCUAAGAAAAUAGCUAUUUUAGCAGAGGUAGAAAAAUAUUUAUCUUUUGGAUUUGCUAAACUAUACCAAAAAACAAUUGACAUUUUAAAAGCAAAAAAAUAUCAAAUUGAAAUUAUUAAAAUUCCGCCCGAAAUAAGAGAACAUCUUCAAUUAACUUAUUUAAUUAUCUGUUCUAGCGAAUUGGCUAGUCACUUAAAUGCUUGUCAAGGAAUAACUUAUGGCAAAAAGUUAAAUGAUAUAAGCAGCCCUGAGAAAGUGGGGCAAAAGGUUUGUCAAGUUAGAACCGAAUAUUUGGGUAAAUCAGUACGCCAACGUUUAUUACUCGGAAGUUAUUUUUUACAAAAUAAAAAAGAUUGCGAGCAAGCUUAUCGUUUUCAACAAAAAGUCAAAAAUUGA